AUGUUUGCAAGAAGCAUCCUGCUUGUGGGGUUGGCCAAGCAAAUUAUUCCCACAGAAGAUGAAAAUGCAGUUGGCACGAACGAAACAUUUCCGGCGCGGGUGUGCGCUCACGGCGCUGCAGUUAUCGCUGGAGUUUGUGAUCUCGUCGUGUCUGUCUUGCUGUCGUUUCUCAACGUCGACUCUUCUAAAAAUUCGGUCUCUUUUUGCAGCUUCAGGAUCUUGUCACCAACGUUGGGGGAGUGGACGUUUCAAGAAAUCAUUGGGACUUGCAUAAAUGAAACAUUGAAAAAUAUAUGUAUUGUCUGGUGUGUAACGUAUGAAGUGACAGAAAAUUGCACUGGAUGCAGAAUCUGUGGUCCUCUACACCCUUCUGUCACGUCAACAGACUGGUUGCUACCUGAAAUGCAAAUGAGGGAUUUUAAAGCUGAACAUGUAUCGUGCAUUAAUGUAGACGAGUAACAGUGGUGUUUGCCGAGUCUCACAGUGCUGUGAGAGAGGUGUGUCCUUUUGCAGAGCUGGUGUAGCUUGCAGGUGUCUGGAGGUGCGGACCUCAAGAUUGCCAGGAGGAAGAUACAGCGUCUGGGUUGCAGGAAGCUUUUUGCUGCAAUGUUAGUGAAAAAAUUCACACUCUUUGGCCGGUAACUGUUGGCUGUAAUUCUUGUUGUGGCCAUUCACACCUUUAGCUACAAGAAUCGGAUGGUUCUCAAGCUGGUAAAAUAAUUAAUUAUUGAAGAGUUUGCAGACUAUUUACAACGUGAAAGUGACCUCUUUGUUUGAGGAAACGCCGAUAUUGAUUCGGAUGUGACGGUAAAUGAAAGGAAAAUUGCUGUAGGUAUCUUUACCUCAUGUCGUGGCAUAUUACAGAACGGGUCUAUCAAUGUUUUUAGAAGAUGCAGAAAAUACAGAGGUUUGUAAUGUAAAUUAGUUUUU